CUCCGGCGAAAAGUGACCCGGUGUUACUGAAACCCUAAAACUGUAACCAAAUCGCGAUGGCGAAGCCUACUGCCUCCUUGGAGAAGAUUAAGGAUUUCUGGAACUCUCAAAUCAAUGACGAGGCCAAUUGGGCCUUCAACAUGAAGCUUCUACGCGCUGUUGGCUUGUUUGGCGGAUCGAUAUUCAUAAUGCGCAAUUUUGGAGAUCUUAUGGCUAUCUGAAGAGAUUAAGAGUUGUGUUCAAUGGGCUGGGCAAAAAUUGUUUGUCCCACUGCUAUUUCUAGGAUUUUUUGUGUUUGAUAUGAACUUGUCUUCUAUCUGGCGUGUUAGGGAUAUAAACUCUAAUGAAUAUCAAUAUACCAUUUUGGAGA